AAAAGAAAGGGCUUUUUAUUUAAUUUAGUGACAUGGUCAUAUGUUUCUGUUUCAUAAAGUUGGAAAAUUAUAAUGAGAUAGUGAGUGGAGAAGAGAAAGAAAGAGAGAGUUAAAUAUAUUUCAAUUCAGAAGAAGAAGAAGCAUUUAUCAGUUUAUGAAUUAAUGGUGAUUAUGGGGUGUGAAGAAAUGGUGUUCUCAGUGGAGUCUCAGAAGACAGUUCCAGCUCCAUUUCUCACAAAAACAUACCAACUUGUUGAUGAUCCACUCACCAACCACAUUGUGUCUUGGGGUGAAGAUGAAUCUACUUUUAUUGUGUGGAGACCUCCUGAGUUUGCCAGGGAUCUUCUUCCCAACUACUUCAAACACAACAAUUUCUCAAGCUUUGUCAGGCAGCUUAACACCUAUGGAUUUAAGAAGAUAGUGGCAGAUAGAUGGGAGUUUGCAAAUGAAUAUUUUAGAAAAGGAGCUCAGCAUUUACUAUCAGAGAUCCACAGAAGAAAAAAUUCCCAGAAUCAUACUCAUCAACAGGUAAACUUCCAAGAGCAACCGGCUCAUUUUCUUCAAGCGGAUCAGGAAAAUUUCUGUUGGGUAGACUCUCCACUGCCAUCACCAAAUAACUGUUAUAAAUCUCCUACUGAUGUUCUAACGGCGCUCACUGAAGACAAUCAACGGUUGCGCAGAAGGAACUACAUGCUUUUAUCUGAACUCACUCACAUGAAGAAUCUCUACAAUGAAAUUAUCUUCUUCAUUCAGAAUCAUGUAAAACCAGCUGCUCCGUUUGACCAUGAGCAUGGACCGACGGUUCACAGUUACUCAGAGUCCAGGCUGAGUGAACUGGUUAAGUCAUCUUCAGUGGCUGUGGCUGAGGAGCCUAAUAGUAGCGUGAAGCUCUUUGGGGUUGCUCUCAGUUGAAAGAAGAGAUUACACUCGGGAAAGGUAGAUUAAGAAGAACUUGAAUAGUUGGUUUAGUUUUUGUAGGACUUGAAUAUUGAAGUUGAAUUAUUAUUAUUGUUAUUAUUAUUAUUAUUAUUAAGAAGGUUUAAGCUUUCUGAUGGAACGAUAAUUUAACAUAUUUUCUUCGAAUCUCUCGUCUACCACUUGGUAUUAUUAAGCAAAUCAAUCACUCAUUCCAAUCUGGGAUCUAGUCGAUUUCUCAUGUUAAAUGCUAGUAGGAUUGUGGUUGUUUUAGCAA